AUGCCGUCGUCAACAGCGGCAAGACGGUCCUGGAAUUUAUUCACCAUAUCCGCGGGGCUCCAUGCCACGGUCCAGAUCGUGGUUGUGGCUCGCGUGGUCCAAGACCAGGCUGUUGCUGUCGGCAGCAACCUCAUGCAGGAACUCACUCGCUAUCCGCGGCUUGGGAUGGUUGCGCUACGUGUGUCGGCAAAUAAGUAUACCGGGCGUGGGACGACGGAUACAGGUAACAGGCUGUUCAAUACAGUGCACCUGCCCUAA